CUGUGAUAACUGUAAUCAAUGGUUCCAUGGCGAAUGCAUUGGAUUGCCUGAAUCACAAGGACUCUUUGUUGACUUGUUCUUUUGUGAAAAUUGUUCAAAAAGUAAAGAGAGAAAAAAACUAAAAAAAAAAUUUUUUUACUUACUUUAUUAUUAUUAGUCACUGGCAAGAAGACCUCUUGGAAACCAAAAUGUGCCAAUACAGGCUGUCAAAAACCAGCAAGGAUGGGCAAAAACUUUGGACAUUUAAGUAAAUAUUGUUCAGAUCGUUGUGGUAUCCAAGUAGCUAGAACUCGUAUUGAACAGGCUGAAAUGAAGAAUCCGUUAUCAAGAGGAAAAUUAAGUUCAUUUGCGGAUAUGGAUGAUAGAGCAAGACUGAGUAGAGUCAAGGAAGAAAGACAGCAUGCAAAAUCAAUGAUCAAACUGUGUCAACACAAGUUGAGGUUUUUAGAGCUAUUGGCUGACAAACAUAACGAAGAGUGUUGUGGGUUCGAUUCGAGACUGAGUUGGCCAGAUACCAUUUGGGAAAAGGUUGAAUCAAUAGAUGAGCACGAUUUGAUGCUUCUCAACAGUCAAUCCGAAUGGGUCACUCAAAAACCCUUUUCUUCCUGUUCUCUCAAGAAAUGCACAAAGCACAUAAACUGGCAGAAAUUAAAAUUGGCAGAAAUUGAACAAGAAAAAUCUGAGCAGUUUGUUAUUUUGUCCAUGUUGGAAAGAGAAAGACAACAGAUAAAAGCUAGAAUGAAGAAGAGACGUGAAGAUAUCGAUUUGAUUGAGUUCUUGGAGAAUAGCACCAUCAUUCACUCUUAAAAAAAUAAAAAUAAAAAAAAUUAAAAUAGCGCCAAGUAUACUUGUUUUAACGGGGCAUUUUUGCAUAUAGGUUAAGGCCCCGUAUGUCCAUCCAUCCAUCCAUCCCGUCCAUCCAUCCUUCUCUUUCUCUUGUCAUAAUAGCAAAUGUCUGCUGAACUUGCUGUCGUUUACGCUGCUCUCAUCCUCGAAGAUGACAACAUUGAAAUCACUGUGAGUCGUUUUUUAAACUGUAAUAAACAUAUAUUGACCAUGGCCCCCAUCUUUUUAUAGGCUGAUAAGCUCCAGACUUUAGUCUCUGC